UGUGCUGAAAUUCAUCCAGUUAAAUAUUAAACUUUCUGUAAUAAAAAUGAAUCAGUGAGUUUUAAACUCCAUAUAAAUUCACAACAUGCAUUAAUAUUUAAUUAAUCACUAAACUUAUUUUAGACAAAACUGUCUGUUCUAAUUCCAGUGGUUUCCUAUACAAAAAUAAUGAAUUAAUGUGUUUAUUUAUUUUAUAAAUUAAUAAUAUAAUAAUGUUUUGUUUUAUCUUUAUUUACAUUAUUAAAACUAAUCUCAUGUGCACAUGCAGAGAGAAAAAUCCUGCAGUUUAUUUUCAUAAAUUAAUUAAAUAAUGAACAAAAGUGCAUGCACGACUCUUGACCAAUCACAAUCAGAGAACUCUCUGGAGACUCCGCCCACUGUGUUUAACAGUGCAGUGGGAGGAGGAGCAGCUCAGUGGGAGAACUGGGAGCAGAGAGAGGAGAUCAGGCUGUAUAUUUGGGUAGUGAUGGCGUUUGUUGAGCUGACCUCCACCGCGGCGCAGCUGUAUGAUAAAUGGAUGAAGAGAGCAGACCCCCGGACUAAAGACUGGCUGCUGAUGUCGUCUCCGCUGCCCCAGACCAUAAUAAUCUCCCUGUAUAUCGUGUUCGUGAUGGUUUUGGGUCCGAGGCUGAUGGAGAACAGGAAGCCGUUUGAUCUGAAGAGAGUUCUGAUCCUCUAUAACUUCAGCGUGGUGGCGCUGUCCGUCUACAUGAGCUACGAGUUUGUGAUGUCCGGUUGGGGGACGGGUUACUCGUUCGGGUGUGAUCUGGUGGAUUACUCUCGUUCUCCUCAGGCCAUGAGGAUGGCGAACACCUGCUGGCUGUACUACUUCUCUAAGUUUAUCGAGCUGCUGGAUACGGUGUUUUUUGUUCUGAGGAAGAAGAAUAACCAGAUCAGCUUCCUGCACGUCUACCAUCACUCCAUCAUGCCCUUCACCUGGUGGUUCGGAGUCAGGUUUGCUCCAGGUGGUCUGGGGACGUUUCACGCUCUGCUGAACUGUAUCGUUCACGUCAUCAUGUACACUUAUUAUGGUCUGUCGGCGCUGGGUCCGGCCUAUCAGAAGUACCUGUGGUGGAAGAAGCACCUCACCUCCAUACAGCUGCUCCAGUUUGUGAUUGUUAAUCUCCACAUUGCUCAGUAUUUCUUCAUGAAGGAUUGUCCGUAUCCGUUCCCGCUCUUCAUCUACAUCAUCGCUGUUUACGGGCUCGUCUUCCUCUUCCUCUUCCUCAACUUCUGGUACCAUGCCUACACCAAGGGCAAGAGGCUUCCCAAAAUCACCAAACUGCAGAACAACAACAACAACAACGGCCUCAAAAACGGCAAACUGGAAUAACCCCCCCCACCGUGGGGUUCUCUGCGGCUCUGCUGCGGUUCUGCAGUACUGUGUACUGACUUUAUAACACUUAUAAUAUUUAUAUUUCUACAUGAAGAGGGAAAAUCUCAGAACUGAGUGAAACAUCAUCAUUUAUUACAUCUCAGAGCCGGGUUUGGGUUUGUCCGGACAGGGCGGCGGGUCUUUAUCGGACGUGUUCACCUGUCAGCGCCGGUUAUAAUCCCAGUAAUUAGAAAAAUAUUCUGUACAAUAAUAAUGAUGAUUUUACAGCUCUUUUUUGAUCCACUGUACUGUAAAUACUCUAUAUUUA